AUGGCCAAGAAACUAUUGGGCAAGAAGGGUGAAAAGAAGGCUAUUAAAGCAAAUCGUCCAGCGAGGGCAGAUUGGAAAGAAGGCGUCAAAAAGAAGCAAGUGGGCGUCUCUGAUAUGACACUGCUCACCAAGAUUACAAACGAAGCCAUCAACGAAAACUUGCAAAAGAGAUGGCAAAACGCCGAGAUCUAUACAUAUAUUGGCCAUGUACUCAUCAGUGUCAAUCCUUUUCGAGAUUUGGGUAUCUACACAGACGAUGUGUUGGCUAGUUAUCGAGGAAAGAACUUGCUAGAGAUGCCCCCUCAUGUUUUUGCUAUUGCUGAAUCAUCUUACCACCAUAUGAACAGUUACAAGGAGAAUCAAUGUAUCAUUAUCAGUGGUGAAUCUGGUGCUGGUAAGACGGAAGCAGCCAAGAGAAUUAUGCAGUAUAUUGCUGCUGUUUCUGGUGAUGGCCAAAAUUCAUCCAUUAAGGAAAUCAAGGAAAUGGUCUUGGCAACAAAUCCCUUGCUGGAGAGUUUUGGUUGUGCAAAGACCCUUCGUAACGAUAACUCGAGUAGACACGGUAAAUACCUCGAAAUUCAAUUCAACACACAAGGUGAGCCUGUGGGUGCUGUCAUUACAAACUACCUGUUGGAAAAGACUCGUGUUGUUGGUCAAAUUGAAAACGAAAGAAACUUUCAUAUCUUUUAUCAAUUAACAAAAGCUGCACCCCCUGAAUAUCAACAAUCAUUUGGUCUUCAGGGCCCUGAAAGCUUCUUGUAUACGAGCAAGAGUGGCUGUUUGGAUGUGCCUGGUAUCAACGAUGUCAAUGAUUUUCAAGAGACGUUGAACGCCAUGGGUAUCAUUGGCUUGCAAAAGCAUGAACAAGACGAAAUCUUUAAAAUGCUGGCCAUCAUUCUUUGGCUCGGUAACAUUGUCUUUGUGGAGGAUGAUAGUGGCAACGCUGCUAUUUCAGAUGGAGAUGUGGCCAAUUUCAUUGCUUAUUUGAUGGAAGUGGAUGGUGAAUCAUUAUCAAAGGCACUCACCAGCCGUAUCAUGGAGACUCAGCGUGGCGGAAGAAGAGGCAGUGUAUACGAAGUGCCACUGAACGUUGUGCAAGCAACAUCCGUGCGAGACGCCCUUGCAAAAACUAUUUACGAGCGAUUAUUUGAAUGGAUUGUCACUCGUGUCAACGUCUCAUUACAAGCUCGCAGCGCUCAUCAAUACACGAUCGGUGUGCUGGAUAUCUAUGGUUUCGAGAUUUUCGAGGAGAACAGCUUUGAACAACUGUGUAUCAACUAUGUCAAUGAAAAGCUGCAGCAAAUCUUUAUCGAACUCACACUGAAAGCUGAACAGGAAGAAUACGUGCGUGAACAGAUUCAGUGGACGCCCAUCAAGUUUUUCAACAACAAGGUCGUGUGUGAUUUGAUUGAAGAGAAGCGUCCUCCUGGCUUGUUUGCUGCUCUGAAUGACGCCUGUGCUACUGCUCAUGCUGAUUCAAGUGCUGCUGAUAAUUCGUUUGUUCAACGUUUGGGCUUUUUGUCUUCUAACCCUCAUUUUGAAUCGAGAGGCUCCAAGUUUUUGAUCCGUCAUUAUGCUGGUGAUGUAUUGUACAAUGUGGAGGGUAUGACAGAUCGAAACAAGGAUUCCUUGCUCAAGGAUUUGUUAAAUUUGGCUACUGGAUCUUCCAACCAAUUCAUCUCCACCACCUUGUUCCCUGAACGCAUUGACCCCAACUCCAAGAAGAGACCUCCUACUGCUGGUGACAAGAUCAAGGCUUCUUGUAAUACGCUUGUGACAAAGUUGAUGCAAUGUCAUCCCAGUUAUAUCCGUACCAUCAAAUCCAAUGAUAACCGAAGUCCCUCUGAAUUUGACGAAAAGCGAGUAUUGCAUCAGAUUCAAUAUCUUGGUUUGUGUGAAAAUAUCAGAGUUCGUAGAGCUGGUUUUGCUUAUAGAACAACUUUUGACAAGUUUGUGGAGCGAUUCUAUCUAUUGUGCCCUACAACUGGUUACGCUGGUGAAUACAUAUGGAAUAGAGAUGCCAUGAGUGGCACAUCUGAGAUUCUGAAGCACAACAACAUCCCCACUGAAGAAUGGCAAAUGGGUACCACCAAGAUCUUUAUUCGUCACCCUGAAACGAUUUUUGCAUUAGAAAAUCUGCGUGACAAGUACUGGCACAACAUGGCCACUCGUAUUCAACGUGCUUGGAGAGCCUAUGUCAGAUACAAGAUUGAAUGCGCUAAAAAGAUCCAACGUUUCUGGAGACAAAACAAGUAUAACAUUGGAUACCUUCAGAUGCGUGAAUACGGUCACCAGAUCCUGGGAGGCCAAAAAGAAAGACGUAGAUACUCGCUUGUCAGUAUGAGACGAUUCACUGGAGAUUACAUGGAUAUCAAGACAGGUUCUGGUUUAUCCACCAUGAUUCGAAAUGCCAUCAGUCUCAAAGGCAAUGAAGAUGUGGUGUUCAGUAUGCGCGGUAGCACGUUGGUGCCUAGAGCAAUGCGAUCCAGUGUACCUAGUCCUAGAACAUUUGUCUUGACCAACCAAAGCUUGCAUAUUGUCAUGGCUACCAAGAACGGCAAGGUGCUCAGUAUGGUAGAUGAAAAAGCCAUCAGUUUGAACAUUGUCAGUGGCAUCAGUGUGUCCACACUGCAAGAUGAUUGGGUUGUACUGCAUUUGGAUGGCUCUCCUGAUGGCGAUACUAUCUUAUCCUGUACUUUCAAGACGGAAUUACUGGCUCACAUGUUGCAACAAACUGGUGGCAGAAUCAAGGUGUCUGUGGUUCCUCAGAUUCAAUACAAAAAGAAGGGCAAUAAGGCGGUCACCAUGAAGUUUGUCAAGGAUGAAGCUGCCAAGGGUGAUGGUAUCUACAAGAGCCAUGUCGUCAAGAUUUGUUCUGGCGCUCCUCCCAACAGCCAAUCUGCUCCUCCUUGCGCUAGAAAAGCAGCUCAACCAAGCACCAGAACCACUGCUGCUCCCCGCAAGAAGGCUAAUCCAAUUCGCAGCACGCCUGCUACUGCUGCUGCUUCUGCCACCAACACUCGCCCCAUGUCCAGCAGCAUUGGUCGCUCUGUUCCUCCGCCUCCACCACCUCCAGCCGCCAACAACACGCCUCCCCCUCCUCCACCUGCCCCAGCAACACCUCAAUACAAGGCUAUUUAUCCUUUCGCAUCUCAAGAAGCUGGAGAAAUCGCCUUUGAAAAGGGAGAUUUGUUGGAAAUUGUUGAAAAAGACGAAAACGGCUGGUGGUUGGCUCGCAAAGACGGUAUUGAGGGUUGGGUACCCAGCAACUAUUUGGAGGAAUACGUACCUCCUGUUGUUAGAUCGACUCCUCCACCUCCACCUCCACCUGCCAGAAGAGCUCCUCCCUCUGUGCCUACACCUACAAACAAUACUGCCAGAGUAUCUCCUCCAGUGCAAGCACAAGCACCAGCUGCUUCGUCUAGCGUGCCCGCUUGGAAACAAGAGUUAGAGGCUCGUAAAGCAGGUGCUGUGGCCCCACCUUCUGCUUCUUCCACACCUGUUCCUGCAGCAAGAAGAGCACCACCUGCUCCUGGACCCAAGCCAGUGGUACCUGCAAAACCUAGUAUCGCUGGUAAGCCCAUGAUUCCAUCUAGACCUGGUGUUGGCGGUGCCAGUAUGCCUACACCUGCUCCUCGUGCUCCUCCCCGAGCUUCUAAUGGCACACCUUCUAAUGCUGCUGCUUCGUUAGCUGAUGCUCUUCGUGCUCGUAGACAACAAGCUCCUUCACACCAUGACGAUGAUGAUGAUGAGUGGUAA